AUGUCGCACAGAAAAUUCGAAAGGCCGCGCCACGGCUCCCUGGGCUUCUGCCCAAGGAAGCGCUGCCGCCGCCAUAGAGGAAAGGUAAAAGCGUUUCCCAAGGAUGACGCAUCCAAGCCGCCUCAUCUCACCGCCUUCAUGGGCUACAAGGCCGGCAUGACCCACAUCGUGCGCGAGGUGGAGAGGCCAGGUUCAAAGCUGCACAAGAAGGAAAUUGUUGAGGCUGUAACCAUUGUGGAAUCCCCGCCGAUGAUAUGUGUUGGUGUUGUUGGUUAUAUUGAAACACCACGGGGUUUGAGAGCUCUAUCGACAGUAUGGGCAGGUCACCUGAGCGAGGAGUGCCGUCGUCGUUUCUAUAAGAACUGGUAUAAGAGCAAGAGAAAAGCUUUCACUCGUUACUCAAAGAAAUACGCAGAAAACAACAAAAUGCAAGCUGAAAUAGAUACCAUCAAACAACACUGCUCUGUAGUAAGAGCCAUCUGCCAUACACAACCCAGCAAGACCCCCACCGGCCUGAGAAAAGCACAUAUCAUGGAAAUUCAAGUCAACGGAGGAACUGUACCCGAAAAGGUUGACUUUGUGACGAAGAUGUUUGAAUCUCCUGUGCCGAUCAGCGCAGUGUUCCAGCAGGACGAAAUGUUGGAUGUGAUAGGCGUGACGAAGGGUCACGGAGUGAAGGGUGUUGUAUCGCGUUUCGGUGUGACGCGGUUGCCUCGCAAGACGCACAGAGGUCUGCGUAAGGUUGCUUGUAUCGGGGCUUGGCAUCCAGCUCGUGUUCAGUUCCAGGUGCCUCGUCACGGUCAGAAGGGUUAUUUCCACCGCACUGAGAUGAACAAGAAGGUCUACCGCAUAGGCAGCGGCAGCGACCCUCGCAAUGGCUCAACCGACGCGGACUUGACGGAGAAACGUAUCACGCCCAUGGGUGGUUUCCCUCAUUACGGUGAAGUUCGCAGUGACUUCAUCAUGAUCAAGGGUUGCAUCGUGGGCUGCAAGAAACGCCCCAUCACCCUGAGAAAGACCCUUGUGCCUCGUACUUCUCGCAGAGCCCUAGAAAACAUUCAUCUCAAGUUCAUCGAUACUUCAUCCAAGUGGGGCCAUGGUCGCUUCCAGACCUCCGAGGAGAAGGCCAAGUUCUACGGGCCCCUAAAGAGAACUGCUGCGCUCUGA